GUGAAAAAUUACAAAACACAUGAAGAGGGGAGGGGUUGGCCCAGGUGAAACCCAUCUGGGCUUGCUAACUGGUGCUUAUCAACAGCGAUGUUGGGCUCUUACUCUCCCACAGGAGCUGGGAGAUGGGCCCUAUCCUCAGGUGUUGGCUGGAACAAACAGGCUCAGCCUGUUGCUGCUUCCCUUGCUCCUGGUUCAAGCUGGUGUCUGGGGAUUCCCAAGGCCCCCAGGGAGGCCCCAGCUGAGCCUGCAGGAGCUGCGGAGGGAGUUCACAGUCAGCCUGCAUCUCGCCAGGAAGCUGCUCUCCGAGGUUCGGGGCCAGGCGCACCGCUUUGCGGAAUCUCACCUGCCAGGAGUGAACCUGUACCUCCUGCCCCUGGGAGAGCAGCUCCCUGAUGUUUCCCUGACCUUCCAGGCCUGGCGCCGCCUCUCUGACCCGGAGCGUCUCUGCUUCAUCUCCACCACGCUUCAGCCCUUCCAUGCCCUGCUGGGAGGGCUGGGGACCCAGGGCCGCUGGACCAACAUGGAGAGGAUGCAGCUGUGGGCCAUGAGGCUGGACCUCCGCGAUCUGCAGCGGCACCUCCGCUUCCAGGUGCUGGCUGCGGGAUUCAACCUCCCGGAGGAGGAGGAGGAGGAAAAGGAGGAGGAGGAGAGGAAGGGGCUGCUCCCAGGGGCACUGGGCAGCGCCUUACAGGGGCCGGCCCAGGUGUCCUGGCCCCAGCUCCUCUCCACCUACCGCCUGCUGCACUCCUUGGAGCUCGUCUUAUCUCGGGCCGUGCGGGAGUUGCUGCUGCUGUCCAAGGCUGGGCACUCAGUCUGGCCCUUGGGGUUCCCAACAUUGAGCCCCCAGCCCUGAUCGGUGGCUUCUUAGCCCCCUGCCCCCCACCCUUUAGAACUUUAGGACUGGAGUCUUGGCAUCAGGGCAGCCUUCGCAUCAUCAGCCUUGGACAAGGGAGGGCUCUUCCAGCCCCCUGCCCCAGGCCCUACCCAGUAACUGAAAGCCCCUCUGGUCCUCGCCAGCUAUUUAUUUCUUGGAUAUUUAUUUAUUGUUUAGGGAGAUGAUGGUUUAUUUAUUGUCUUGGGGCCUGAUGGUCCUCCUCGGGCCAAGCCCCCAUGCUGGGUGCCCAAUAAAGCACUCUCAUCCA